AUGCUCAGACUUCUCCUUCGCUAUUACGAACGCUCCUUUCGCUCCCAUCCUAUCCUCACGCUAGCACUGGCGAACGGUAUCUGUUCAAUAUGUGGAGAUGGUGCUGCUCAGCUUAUUCCCAUUCUAACAAGCCAAGAACAACCUGACGUUCAGUUAUCCUUUGACUUCUCGCGCCUGUUGCGGUAUUUUGUUUUUGGCCUCAAUAUGGGCCCGUACGUGAUUUCACUUUCUACCGAUCGCAACUCUUACCUCCAACUUACCAACUCGGUCGCCUUCUUACACCGCACGGAAGGGUUUAGAAUUGGAGGGAAGUGGAAUGAGCCGAAACCUAAGACUAUUGAAGCCGGGGAGAAAUUGGGAGUAGAGCACGAUGUCGAGAUGAGUCUGAUAGGAUCUCCAACUGCUUCUUCAUCGACUCUUCCUACUCAUUCGACCUCCAAACCCACCGGGGGGGCACCCCUUCCCCUUUUAACGAUAUUCAAGAUGGUCUUGGCUGAUCAGCUCCUGAUUGAAGUUUUUCAUACUUUAAGGCUGCGGUAUAAACCUCUUUUGACUUUCGUGUUCUCUCCCAAUUUGUCAAUAGUAUUUUUGGGCUAUAUGGCCAUCACUGAAGGUGCUGAUUUAGUCGAACUCCAGAGCCGGAUCCAGCGCCUAUUUUGGAAACUGUUGAUUGUGAAUUGGCAGGUUUGGCCAAUCAUACAGGUAAUCUAUCAAGCGGUUUUUGUCAUUUCCUGGUGUCGGAAGUUAUGGCUAAAGUUGAGUUGCCACUACGUAGGUGAUCAAUUUUCGAUUUAUGCCCCUGAGGUUAAGAGUGGAUAG